AUGGCAUCGAUAGAGGACUACCCAUCAUUCGAGCCUCUCGAUCUGCCCGUACAGCAGCACGAACACUUCUGGAUGGCCGGGCUCGAAUAUCAAGAUCUCCCGCCGCCUCAAGAGGCCGGACUACUUUUGAAGGAGUAUUUGGAAGACAGAAACCGCGCCGUCCCGCUCUUCGAUCCCGGAGUCGUGUCGCAGACCUUCCAGGAUUGUUACGCUGGUCGAGAGUCAUCAGACUCGACUGCUUGGGCGGUUGUUGAAGUAGUCCUUGCUAUGGCGUAUAAGCUUCGAGGCAUGAGCCUGUUGCCACACCCGCGGAUCCAUCCAACGGCGACCGACACAAAGAACGACUGUUCAAGAUGA